GGGCGGGGACUGGUCGGGCACCGCCAGCUGGGGCCGGCCGGGCGGGGAGCGCGCUCUCUGUCCAGCGCACGCCGGCUCCUCGCGCCCCUGCCCGCUGCCCGCGGCCCGCUGCCCGCCCGCCAGGAGGAGGCGCCCGGCCCGCCACCGGCCCACGCGGGAGGGCGGCGCGCACCCCGCCCUGGCACGCCCGGCCGCCUCCGGCCCAGGCGGCGCGGCGACAGUUCGGUCAGCGGAGGGCGCCGCCGGGGCCACCAGCCGAGGCGCGGUCCAGCCCCGAGCGCCCCCGGCCGCGCGCGGACCCUGGCGCCGGGGUUCCGAGGAUCAGGAGCUGGAAAGCAGCACCUUCCCUUCCUCUGAGCCCUGCCUCCUUCUGCAGGACCGAGCUGCGCAGAACCUUGUUGUUCAGCCUUUUGCUCUGGAAGGAGAGAAGCAGAGGAUGAGGACCUCGUAGGGCUGCGGCUGGCCGUGGCUGUGGCCUGGACUUUUCUCUGAAGGAUUCAAGGUGACAAUGCAGGGGCAGGGGGAGAAAAUAAUGAAUGACAAAGGAAAAUUAAUGUUGUCAAUGCUGAUUGUGUCAACUGUGAUUGUUGUGUUUUGGGAAUAUAUCAACAGCCCAGAAGGAUCUUUCUUGUGGAUUUAUCACUCAAAAGACUCAACUGGUGACAGCAGCCCUCAGAAGGGCUGGUGGUUUCCGAGCUGGUUUAAUAGGACCCACAAUUACCAGGGAGAAGAAGAAGAGGAUAUAGAAAAAGGAGGGGCAAAGAAACAAAGAAAGGAAGACGAGGAUGAAGAGCUUCACCUGUGGGACUGGUUUAAUCCAAACAAUCCUUCCCAUUCAAGUAACCAGUCUGGACACUGGAUUUCUGACUUCUUCCUAGAAGAUGUGGUCAGUGAUCUUGCAGCUGAGGAGCAUGCAGCAGGAGGACCACCCAUGGGGACCGCCAAGAUUAAAAAGAGGAAACGCCCAGAGGUUUUGACAGUGACAGAAUGGAAGGCACCGGUUGUAUGGGAAGGCACUUACAACAGAGCCAUCCUGGAAAAUUAUUAUGCCAAACAGAAAAUCACUGUGGGGCUGACGGUUUUUGCUGUUGGAAGAUACAUUGAGCGUUACUUGGAGGAGUUCAUAAUAUCUGCUAAUAAGUUCUUCAUGGUUGGCCAUAAGGUCAUAUUUUACAUCAUGAUAGAUGAUGUCUCCAGGAUGCCUUUGAUAGAGCUGGGUCCUCUGCGUUCCUUCAAAGUGUUUGAGAUCAAGCCUGAGAAGAGGUGGCAGGACAUCAGCAUGAUGCGUAUGAAGACUAUUGGGGAGCACAUCUCAACCCAUAUCCAGCAUGAGGUCGAUUACCUUUUCUGCAUGGACGUGGACCAGGUCUUCCAAGAUCAUUUUGGUGUGGAGACUCUGGGCCAGUUAGUGGCUCAGCUACAGGCCUGGUGGUACAAAGCAGAUCCUGAUGAGUUUACCUAUGAGAGGCGGAAAGAGUCGGCAGCAUACAUUCCAUUUGGAGAGGGGGAUUUUUAUUACCAUGCAGCCAUUUUUGGAGGAACACCCAUUCAGGUUCUUAACCUCACCCAAGAGUGCUUUAAGGGAAUCCUCCAGGACAAGAAAAAUCACAUUGAAGCUGAGUGGCAUGAUGAAAGCCAUCUAAACAAGUAUUUCCUUCUCAACAAACCUACUAAAAUCUUAUCUCCAGAAUUCUGCUGGGAUUAUCAUAUAGGCUUACCUUCAGAUAUUAAAGCUGUAAAGAUAUCUUGGCAGAAAAAAGAGUAUAAUUUGGUUAGGAAUAAUGUCUGAUUUCAAAUUGCGCCAAUAGUUUUCUGAAUUUGAGAGAGUAUUAUUCUGGCUAGUUCCUCAGAAAAGUAACACUUAAUUUUAACUUAAAAAAAAUACUAACAGAACACCAACAUGGCAGACACAUACUAUUAUUCCUCCUUGUACUUUUGAGCCUUGUAAUAUGGGAGAAUUAAUCUAUGGUAAUCAGAUGUAAAUUCCCAGUAAUUUCUUAUCUAUUCUGGGUUUGGGGGAAACAUUAUUAGCUAAACCAAAAAGAAUUUGCCAUAGGCAAAGAAAAGCCAGAAUACGCUGUGUGUCAGAUAAUGUACUGAAGAAUAGUGUGCUAAGGGAAGUGUUUGGCAACAAGGUAAGUUGUGUGUGGAGGGGUGUCUGUCCCUUGGUUCCAGUGUCUUCCUGACUUUGAUGUGUCUGAAGCAACAUAGAGUUGAUUUGUAGCAGAAAAACUCUAGAAAGGACACCAUCUACCUUGGCAAUCCUCAAAGGCUUCAAAGCUGAUUGCCUCGGACCAUUUGUAAUCUAUUUUUUUUCUCAUCAGGAUACUGUUUGGCUUCUAUGCAAAAGAUUGGUAGAGAUUCCCAAUGGAUAUCAUGGUGGUGCAUGUUCAGAGUUCCAGGGAAUCUGAUGAGCCAAUGGGCUCAGCGUGACAUGAAAACAAAGCCUCAACAAUGAGUUUGCCAUGAAAUAGCAAAGAGAGGGGCUGACCACUGUGGGGCCAUGCUGCUCUGGAGGGACACAGGCAUGACGCUGGCACUUAAAUUACUCUGCAGAUGCAGGCACCAAACAGGAGGCAGUGUGGGUGAUUAUCAACCUCCUCAACACCAAAGAGCUAAGUGGAAGGUGCUUCUUGUGUUUCCCAAGUCAUAUUUGGCCUACUGGACUUGCGUCUUCGGCACCUUGGUGAGCUGAAGUGAAUGGUGUCAGAGAAGGGAAAGACCCACAGUGGACUGAAGAGGCCUGUGGGGACCAGGGCUCAUCAGAGAACAGUCUGCCAUUAGCUGGUCCAAGCACAUGUUCUAAACCUCAGGGUUCUUCAGCCUAUCAUGUCCUAACCUAAAGGGAUGACAUCAAGGAGUGGACUGGAGAAAAGUCUUCCUGUUGAGUGACCUCUCAUUUUCCCCUGCUCCAUCUGCACUAUGAAAGUGUAACAACCAGAUGUAUUUGACAAAAUGGUUAACUAUUUUAUAACAAAAGCACAAGGGGAUAGCAAUGGAAGACCCUGUCAUGACUGAACAGCUGAGCAUCAGUUCCCUCCUCUAGGAGAAGUGGCAACAUCCUACAUAUUAUAAGUUAAGCAAAUCAAUGUAAAGGAAGUUGGUAGGCCAUAUUUACAUAUGCACAUAUAUUUAUAUUUUGCUUGUGUUCCAGUUUGGGUCAUUUGUUCCAUUUUUAAGCGAUUUAUUUGAAGAGCCAUUGCACGGCUUGAUGCACAGCACAAGGGGAUUUGAUGAAAUGAAACCUACAUUUGCUCUACUAUUUCAUUGUGCCUUCAAUUGUUGCCAAAAAAUCACAUUCCAACAAAUACCAAAAAAUCCUGAAUUAGUGGGCUUUGAAAAAGAAAAUGGAGACCACACAUCAGUUAAGAAUCUUGCUUCUCUUUUAUUCAAGGUGUGUUGGAACCAGUCUAGAGUAGGGAGACUUAAUGGUUUAAGUCCUGAACCAAAGAAAUUAUCUAUCCUAAAAGUUUAGAGAAAAGGGCUGAAAGAAUUUUAAGGGAAUUUUUUGAUUUAAAUUCGCCUAAAUUUAAAUCCUCAAUGGACAAAUUCAAGAUCUCAUUAAUGAUAAUGCUUGAACACUUUUUAAUAAAAUUUCUGAUUUAUAAUUGAAUAAAUUAUUUUCUCAGUA